AUGAAUUCCGAGUUUACGCCAGAUGAAAUCAACUGCUUUGCUCUUCAAUCGGAGGCAGCUCGAAGUUUUAUGAGAACUUGUGUACCAAAAGCUGCUUUUUUGCCAGCUUAUGAGCAUAAGGACGUGAUAACACAUGUAGAAUUGAGUUUGGAUGGACUAAUAUUAUGUGUGGUGUCAGUGGACAAAGUGAUAACUUUAUGGAGGCGAGUUGACGGGUUUGGAAAGUGGACGAAGUAUCAGAAGUUUAAAGUGCGUUUACGUUUCCUUUUUGAUUGUAAAACAACUAUUUUUAGCUGUUGUAACUUAGUAACUUGUUUUAGGGACACAGUGGAGCAAUUUGGCGUGUCAGAUUUGCUCACCCAAGCUUUGGCAAUCUUCUGGCGACCUGUUCUAUUGAUGCCAAUAUCUUCUUGUUCCUUGAGAGCCGUAAGUUAAUAUUUCUUUCUUUUUUUUGAUGUUUAGGUUGAGAUUCUUUCUUGUAUAAGCAAGAAUACAUGUUUUUCUUUGUAGCCAUAACAAAAUCCGGUCGAAAAGCGUUCUGGCAACAUCAAACGACGUUGAAAUAUUACACAUCAGCUAUAUUGGACAUACGGUUUGCUCCUUUCUUUCAUGGUUUAAUGUUGGUGAGUGUUUAGACUUUGUGUUUUUAGGUAAUGGAGAGUUAUUUCUAACUAUUUACUAAUAUUUUAGCCAAUAUAUUUGCCUUUAUCUUUAUAAACUUUUAUUUUAAAGUUAAUGUCCCACAUAAAUACCUAAAAUAUUCGUUUUUACUCAAUCAACCUCUAAAAACAAUCACAAAGCUAAAUUUUAGGCAGCAUGCACAGCUCAUGGUCAUGUUAUCGUCUACGAAGCUCAUGAUCCACUUAAUAUUAACUACUUUAACCUUAUCUAUGAUAUUAAACUUGGUACUCGCUUAUCAACAAUUGACUGGAAUCCCGGUCGAUAUAAUGAGAUUCCAAUACUGGUUGUUGGUUCAAAUUCUCCUGAGGUGCCUAACGAUAAAAGAUUGACUGUUUUGGAGAUUUCUACUAAUGCGUAAGUUAGAUACAGUUUUGGGUGUCAAAGGUUAUAUUACACUUGAGGGUUUUGUGAUUUUUUGGGAGUAUUUGUUGUUUUUGAACCUUGAAACCGAUACGAUAUUAGUUUUUAAGCUGAUUAAGGUGUUUUAAAGGCAUUUUUACUAAAAUUGGGAUAUUACACUAGAUACCUUUUUUUUUUGGAUUUUGAUGAAUUUCUUAGCUUUUUUGGUCGUUUUACAACAUUUAUUGAUUUAGAAUAGAUAACUAGAGGUAUUUAGAGUAAAUUAGAGUAUAUUUUAUUCUGUGAAGUAAAUUAAAAAUGUCAUUUUCACCCAUAUUUAGGCCUACAAUCCGAGAAAAUAUUCAAUUCGAGCCAAUACUUCCGAACGAAAAAGUGCAAUGUGUCAAGUUUGCUCCUCAAAUUGCAGCAACUUAUACGAAGAUGGCUGUAGCAACAAAGAGGAGGAUAUUGAUCUACGGGUUCUUUUUUGAAAAAUCAGGAAAAACCGAGAAAGGACAGGCUAUGACAAGGCCGCCGAGGCUUUUGGGCGAAAUUUGUGAUGACAUCAGCUCGGAAGUCAUGACAUUACAGUGGAAUUCGGGUGGAGCUGCAUUGUCAGUUAUGCACGAUGAUGGCACUAUCAGGAUUUAUAAACGUAGGUUUACAUUUAGGCUUAGAAAAUACAUUUUAGACUUAAAAAAUGAAUUAUAGGCUUAUAAAAUGAUUUUUAGGCUUAAAAAUGAAUUUAAGCUUAAAGCUGAGUUUUAGGCUUAAAAAAUGAAGUUUAGGCUUACAAAAUUAAAAGUUUUUAGUUUUUUACUUUUAAAAUAUAUCUUUUGGUCAUUUUUUUAUCAUUUUCAGAAACUUUUGGGUCAGCUUUUGUGAAGAUCGUGACAAUCAACCCACCCAGCCAUCUUCUCCAAGACAAGGGUGAUACUGGUAUGCCUCCGAAUCACGUCGCCAGACAUAACAGCUAA